UUUCUACUCGCUUUGUUCAACUGUACUACUAUCAUGCCUCUAAUUGAAGUGAUUGCUAAUGACCGACUUGGCCGCAAGGUCCGAGUCAAGUGCAGCCCCGACGAUACCGUUGGAGAUCUGAAAAAGCUUAUCGCUGCCCAGAUUGGCACCAAGCCCGAAAAGAUCCAGCUGAAGAAAUGGUACACCAUAUUCAAGGAUCACAUUACGCUCGCCGAUUACGAGAUCAACGACGGCAUGAGCUUAGAGAUGUACUGAGGCUUACGCGUUGAGACAACAUACAGGGGGUGGAACUCGAUGGAUCGCCUGUUGGAGUAUGUUGUGCGGUAGGACGGCGGAAUGACGGGGAUGUAUGUUCGCCGGUGGGUGCCUCGGCCGGAUGGGCGGGAGAAUCAAUGUUUCUCCGCCGUCCGUUCGAUUGGCCCAGCCUCGAGGAUGCCUGGUUAUUACAUUUGUACGUAAUGAUUAACUGUCUUCCCCCUAUGUCUAUGUGCUCUU